UAGAACAUAGAUUUACUACAAAAGCAAAUAUAUUAAAUUACAACUAGUACUGAUUUUGAUUUAUUUUUAAUGCCUGCGCUUAACACAUCUGGCGAUAUAAUGGAAUCCAGUUCACCAAAGAUGUCGAGAAUCAGCCAGACUAAAAACUCACCAAAUCGGCGUAGUUCGCCCCAACCUCUAAAAUUUAGAUCCUUUGACGCCUUUUACCAAGAUUACAGCAAAAAAAAUACGUAUGAAGUUUCCCAGCACAGGACACCUCUAACACAAAACGCGAGUUCCAAUAAUAAAUCCUCACAUUACAACAUUAUAACAACAGAUUCCUCCAAGAAACUUGACAGCAAAUGUGGUGUUUCCUCCGAAGCUUCAAAGCCGAAGGUUACCUACACAAUUGAAGACUAUAACAUUAAAGGCAGGGUAAAGAGGCUUUGUGAAAUAUUCCAAAAGGCACGAAAUGAUAAUCAUUACCGUUCCCAACUUGAAAAGGUCAUAUCAAACAAUAAGCUCAAUUCUAAGAAGCCUGUUCCGAGCACUAGUAAACAUGUGUCAGAUCCACAAAAUGACCCUCAAAAUUACCAGUAUCAACAGCAAAUGUGUAUAAAGAGGGAUCAGAACACUAUGACUGAAACUGAUUCACUGCAACUUAAGUUUGCUCAGGGCUCUGAUUUACCAAAUCUAGACCAUGAGGAGGUUAUUUUCAACACUCCUUUGAGGUUUCAAAGUCCUUCAAGGGGACCUGUUGAUGACUAUGAUUACAGGCCUGGGUAUCCAUCACCAAAGAUUGAUUCUCCUCUGAUGUCUUCUCAGUUUGUUGAUGAGAAACGUGCUCCAACAAUUGAAGAAAUAUCUUCAAUGCUUUCUGCUCAGAAACUUACUCCAACAUAUUCCCAAAAUGAGGUUUCAGUCUCCAAUACUCUUGAUAAAAACGCCCUUAUUGAUGACAUUCUAAACAACUUUAUGAACGAUCCUGAGUUUUGUGAUACGUUCUUCUCAAAACUCGAGACUCUUAACCUUUACAAUAAUCCUAACACUGCGGAGUUUUCUAAACUCAUUGAUGAACUCCAGUUCCUAGUCGAAAAUGACAGUAACAUUGAUAAUCUCACCAAGCUCGACUCUGUCGACCACAAGAAGGACUUUGAAUGGUUCUUUAAUCAGCCUAAGGUCUUUGACUUUAGUGUUCAAGAUCAGAACAAUGCAGUUGAUCACAAGCCUCAUCUCUUUGAGAAUGACUCUAAUAUCACUUCUUCUACCUCCACUGAGUAUAAUCUUCUCCUUGAGCAGUCUUCUUCUGAUUCCCUAGAAUCUCUUUUGGAAUCUUCUCAACUUCAUACCACUGAAGAUGCCAAGACUGAAGUCUCCAAUACUGUCGACGCUAAUGCUAUAGAGGAGUCAAAUGUUGAAGAUACUCAAUUAGUUGAAGAUUCCAAAACCGAAGAGGAUUCUAAGGUUGAAGACCCCCAAACUGAAGAGGAUUCUAAGGUUGAAGACCCCCAAACUGAAGAGGAUUCUAAGGUUGAAGAGAUUAAUACUGAACUCCUUAAUGUAGUUGAGGAUCAUAACAUUGAAGACCUUAAUAAUGAGGAUCACAAUACUGAUGAUACUAAUACCCUUGAAGACUCUAAUGCAGUUGAGGAUCCUAAUACUGAUGACCUUAGUGAGGAUCCAAAUACCGAAGAAUCUAAUGUAGUUGAGGAUCUCAAUACUGAACACUCCAAUGUAGUUGAAACUCUGAAGACAGAAAAGUCUGAACCGGUGCCAGUGGUUGAAAUUGACUUAAUGGAGGAAAAUCAGCCAGACUUUUCCGACUUUGAGAAGUUCAACCUUGAAUCCGGCUUCAACUCUCAUCUCAGCAAACACUUUGACUGGAUCAAUACUAACAAUUAGCCUUGUUAAUAUUCUAAUUCCACUCA